AUGGAGAAAUCCAUGGACAAGCUAAGCAGCGACAACAAGCGGACAGCUUCUGGAGCACCUCAGGCUGAGAAGGUUAGUCCUGCUCCCACCGCAGGGGCUGCAGGAAUGAGCGGAGCAGGACCCCAUGCAGAAAAUGCUGCUAAUGUGGAGAGACUGGCAUUGACUGAGGGACAUUCCAAAGAAACGGAGAGCUCUCCAGGCACAGAGCUAGACAGUCCUGAUGCCUUGAAAACAGCGUUUUCAGGAGACGGUCUGAACUCAGCAUCUCUUGCUAUGGUAACAAACCCGAGCUCUCCUGAGGUAUGCAGUUCUGAAAGGGACGACCAGCCUUCACCCACAUCAUCUGUCGCAGACAUGGACUGCCUGGUCUGCUUCAACAAGUACAGCAUUUAUCGGGUCCCAAAGCUCCUGGGCUGUCAGCAUGCUUUCUGUGCGGUCUGCCUGAAGCUCAUCCUCAGGAAAGAGGAGAAUACCUGGAUAAUCACCUGCCCCCUGUGCAGAAAAAACACGUUUGUGUCAGGAGGACUUAUCCGCACGCUCCCAAACAGAGAAGAGAUCAUGGACCUCUUGGAGCACCCCGACUCAUGUCAUGAGGUACACGUCUCCGGCAUCGGGCUGGAUAGCAGCAGCUGGGCUCAGAGCAGCCAGGACAUUGUAAACAGAGACCAAACGAUCCCAGCAGACAACAGACUGGCUGUGCAGAGACUUGUGCUGCUCCUGCUGCUUUUGGUGAUUCUCACCAUCCUCAUCCUCCCGUUCAUAUACUCCGGGAUGAUCAAAUGGGUCAUUUGUAUCAUGCUGACUUUGGGGUUGGUCAUGUCUAUGGUGCUUUGCUGCACUCCUAAAUUUUACUGGCGCUGCAAUGGAAGCUCACUCAGGUCGUGCCACAAGGAGACCCACAUUGCUGCUAUUGCCUGA